AACUCGUUUGAUGGAAUGUUCGCAGUGCUACGAAGUAAAUUCGCUGGAGUGAAGUUCUCGAGUGAGACUGCCAAGCAAAUUCUUAUGGACAUUAUACGCUGUGUCAAUCAGCCGGAAAACUCCAAAAAACUCUCAGAGGCAAAGGCUUCCGCUGGAAAAGAGAUGAUUCUCAUGAUGCAGCACGUGUUUCCCUUGGUGAUGCAACUCCAGCUGGAGGUCAUCAAGGGUCAUGGUUUUCCAGGAAACCGCGAGGGAUUGGUCCAGUUCUCCCAGCUCAUCAGGGAAAUGGAAAGGGACGACAUGGAAAUCGUACGCCUGCGCAGUCAAAUCCGCGCCAUAUACCUGCCUCCCAUAGCUAUAAAUACCACCAACGACAUCCUAAUCUAAGCAGGGGGUAAAUACCCCAAACAAGACUGUAAUUCUACCACCCGGUUUGGGGAUAUUUUGAUUAUAUUUUAGACGACUUGCAAUAUUGUGUCCGUUUUACUAUUAUCAGUAGUAAACAGUUCUUUAGAGCUUCGGAACCAUUUAAAUGCAAUUUUCUAUAUUCAAUUUUUAAUUAUUCUUCAACGAGUAUUUUAGCAAUUUAUCUAGAAAACCUUAUUUUCAAAGAAUCUUGAAACACUUCCGAAAUAUAAAAGGCUGAAAUAGGCCACCAAAAUAGACUUAA